CUAUAUUCUAACCCUUACUUUCAGAUUUAAAAUGGAUUUAUCAUCACUGGUUAUUGUUCUGUUAACCGUCUUGGACACAGCCAUAGGGUUGGAAUGCUCUAAAUGUACUCACGUGGUUAUAAAGGACCUCCCUUCAUUUCUCCAAAGCAUUGUAUUACCCAGAAGUCCUCAAUGUGCCAGUACCCCUCCAGGACAAACAGCCGAUGGCGUGAGUUUGGUCAAGUGUCCCAGUAAUCCAACGUCAGGACAAGUGUACAAGUGUGGGACCUACACCGGCACUGUCACAGUGCAAAUUGACCUAACUCUCAUCAACCCCACUGUAAAUGCUGAUAUAGUAUACCGUGACUGUGUUCUGAUGGACCCAGCAAUCCCCGCUUCAUGCGCCCCACAGAACAACAUUCCUGCUGAUAAUGCAGUGUUGAAAUCUGUGUUGUCCGGCCUAGCAGAUAUCAAUGCUGUCACCUUUGUCGGUACCAGAUGCGUGGAAGACGAGAGAUCUAUGAGUAGCCUUAGGUCUACAGGAACACAUCUGAGUGAAACCAAAAUUUUCCUUUGCAUGUUCAUGCUUCUAAUUUCUAAAUAUGUAUAUCACUUAUGAUAAUGAGAAUCGAUCAUAGUUACCCCUUUAUCCAGGGGAAAUCAUCUACAUAAUUAUUAGUGUCAUCCAGGAGAUAACAUUUACUGAAUAUUUUAUUCAUAUUUCCCACUUUGACCUUUGUUGAUAUGUAAACCAUCAGUCAUAGUUUUACACUACCAUUGCAGGCUUUUUCAUGAAUAUGACCAAAUGUAAAUGACUUUGCUUUUCUUGGAAAAAAGAUUUUCAAAGACGUUUUUCCAAUGUAAUUCUAUUUCAACUUUGUGUCGUAUAGGUAUGACCAAUCAUGGCUUUGCUGUUCUUGAGAAGAUUUUUUUCUCUCUAAUAAAAUCACUGAAUCACCA